AUGGCACUCGUACCAAGUGAUGAAUUUACUUAUUUUAUUAAAAUUUUGGAUGAUAAUGGUGAACGAUAUUAUCUAAAAAGUACAAUUGAUGAACAAAAUAAUACUAUUUUAAUACAUUUGACAAAUUUCAAACAUAGUUGGGUAGGAGUAGUCAAUCAAGAACAAGUUCGAACUUUAGCAAAAAAAUUUCCAUCCGAAUCGAAUGAUUCAUUUUAUUCUCAUACCCAACGUGCUUUUUCAAAAGGAAAUACUGCAGAAAUCGAUGGAAGAACUUAUGUAUUUAAUUGCAAAAAACUUGACAAUAAUGGACUUCAAUUUAUUUGGAAAGAAAAAGUUGAAGCAUUAAAUUCGUUAAAGAUUGUUGGUAGUAUUGAACUUCAAGCAAGACCAAAUGAAGAAGUCUUAACUAAAAUAAUGGAUUAUACUAUUGGUGAAAUGGAAACACUAAGAUCCGAAAAUCAACAAAAAAUGGCUGAAAUUCAACGUAUUAAUAGUCAAUUAAAUAAAGCUCUUGAAACAGUUAAACAAACAGUUAAUCUAAAGGAACAACUUGAAGCUGAUCUUUAUCGAAAGGUAAAUUAA